CCAAAUAAAUAAUUAAGUGAAUUGGAAUUAAAUACAAACAACUUGCGGGGAGCAGAAGAGAAGAGAAGUCAAGUCGUGUUUGAUAGCAAUGAAGUUUGAACGUUAUUUGGUCAAGAUGAGGUUGCUGUGCUUUUCUAGGCACCUAAUUGUAAAAUUGUGCAAAAGGUUGCAUAUUUUUACCAAAUGCUCAUUGUAAUUUGUAACCACAAUCUUUCUCACUAAGUGAGUCAUAUUUUGAGCAAUCUCUAUAAUGAGAUUCUCAGAUUGUGGUGAAUUUUGCAUGAAUGAUUCUUGAAAGGCGGUGCAUGGAGGUGAUCAUUUUCAAGUUCUAAGGACGAGUACAUGAUAGAAGAGCAAUCACACCAUCGAUCGCUCAGCUAGUUUUCGUGAUUAUUAGAUCCAUCAGUCAAAUCUUAGUUAAUCUGUCUGCCUCGCCUUAGAUCAUUCUGGCCUUGAUAGUAUUUGGCCUUGAUUGCCACCAUGCACAACUUUUAUCCUCCACUGUUUAGAUAUUGUCGUUAUCUCUUUCGUCUCGUGAUCAAAACUAGUAAGAUGGUUAGGUGGCAAUAAAAGAUCGUUUGUGCGAAAAACUAUCAAUCUAGUCUAUGAUUCGAGUUGACAUUUGAUUAGCUAAAAUUGUAUCAUAUAUCGUUGGCUGAAUUGAUGUAUGUGGUGAAUGAUACACUAAUCUUAUGUCACAUUCUAAAAAGUUCUUUCUACGAGUUUCCAAAGCGGCAAUGUCAUAAACCAGUUGGUCCCAAUAACUCGAGUUGUUGGGAGAAGGUUAUGCUGGAUCUUAUACCACUCUCUAACACGCCCCCUCAAACGAAAGCCGACUCAUGGGCUUGAAGUUUGCACAGGCCCGCCAUACCAUGUGCUUGAACACAACUGUUAAUAUUGGAGGUCGUGGAGAUUCGAACACACGACCACUUGGUCAAACCAGCUCUGAUACCAUGUCAAGAACCAGUUGAUCCCAAUAACUCGAGUUGUUGGGAGAAGGUUAUGCUGGAUCUUAUACCACUCUCUAACAGCAAAGGAUGACCCUUCUUCAUCUAUCUAGGGUUUUCAAUAAAAAGAGCAAAAGCUUUAUGCUUUUCACUAACCCCUUGGUUUCCCCUUUCCUUUAGGAACAACCUUUCACUAACUCUCAACCAAAGUAUUAAGUUCAACAACACUAUAUAAUAACCUAUUACUCGUUGAUUUGUGGGGAUUGCUUAGGUGCAAAUUAUUCUGGAUGACUCAUUGAAAAGUCUUCGCAUAUUUGCAAUAAUUUUUCGUAUCAUAAUCAAUCCAAAACGAUCUUAUUGUUCGUGCCAAACUAUUAACUUUGAAACUAAUUAACAACUCCAAUAAUAUGGUUAAGCAAGUUGUGUUUAUUUUGUCCAUUACCUACCCACUACUUGUUGAUUUGUGGGGGUUUGCUUAAGUGAAUCCUUUGGUUAGAAGUGUCAACUAUGUGUAGCUACAUCUUCACGUUAUUAAUCAGCCAAUUAGUUAAAUAUUUAACUAACCAAAGUUGCACGCUUUGGUUUCUAAUUCGCCGGCAAGUUUCAUUUACUCAAUAAUAAGGUUCUUAAAACCAGCAGUCGUCAGCUACUUGCCCCCCGUUGCUUAAUUACGACUGCAAAUGCAAACCAUAUAUCCAUUGGAAGUACACGCCUUACCACGGUGGUUAACAUCGAGUCGAACCGACCGGACCAGUAAAAUUAGGAAUGAGAUAUCAAACCGGUUCAGAUCAGUUAAGUAUUCAUACCCUUUUUGAGUACUCGAUCGAUUGAAAAUCGGUUCGAGCGGUUAAUCACGCCGACGAUAUGAACCGGACAGUCGAUUUUAAGUUUCCGACUGCCAUUUGAAAACUAGUGGAUAUAGGAUUCGAAUCCAGGUCCUCCUACUAAAAACACAAGUUGUUUCCCAAUUGGGUUCGUUUUGUGUCGAUAUGCAAACGAAAUUUAUUAUUAUUGAGAAGAUGAUAAUAUAUUUAGUUUAAGAUGCUUAAAAGUUGAAUUUAUGGUUAAAAAAACAUGAUUAGACUUAAAAGUUUUGUAGGAAUACACUAACAAUAAAUCGUUAAUUUUAUUUUGGAGAAUGUUAACGUUUAGACUUGAGAAAUUUCAGUACUCAUCUUUGUGUUAUGAUUAAUGUAUUUUAUUUUGAAUUUAUAUACGGUUCAGUGAGUUAUUACUUAUUAUGUGUAUUCUACUUAUAAUAUUCUGGUUGAUGAUGUACCUGUUCGUUAAUGGUUUAAUGCCGAUUGAACUAGUAAAGUGUGAGCAGCUCGCUACUUAUGUUGGGCCUUGUUAAAUGAGAGAGAACAUAUGUUGGGUAGAGGUUUUUUCCGAUCCGAGUGGGAUUUCCAAGCCCAUUAUGUUGGGCCUUGUUAACAUUGGGCCUCACAAACUCAUUUCGUAGUACAGUUUUUGUUAGGAAACUGACAAAACUAGAUAUUGGGCUAAACAUUUGGUCAUCGUCCCAGCUAGUGACAGUGAGAGUUUUCAGCUCUCGGUCGCACUGAAAAACCUACAAUCUCCCCCAUCAGCUGAGCUCGAUCGACCUAGUCUCGUCGGUAACCCAAUCACAGUUCUUCCCCUGCGCCUGCGGAUUCAAUUCUCCUAUCCGGAUCGUCUCUCAUCGCCGUCCAGCUUCUCAAGUCCAAAACAGGUAAGUUCUCGUUCCCUUCCGCUAUCGCGUCGCUUCUGUCACUGCAAAUUUCGCCCUUAGUAGCUCGUUUCAAUUCGAUUCAUAUCGCAAGAUGCCGCCUUUUCACGUUUUGAGUUUAUGGGUUUGCUGAAUUUGUUAGUUGCAAGUAUGGGUCUAUUUCUGUUCGGGGGGGAAAUUGUAAUUUGCUUUGCUCUGGUGUUUUUCAGCAGCCAUGAAGGUGAGAUCUUCUGUGAAGAAGAUGUGCGAGUUCUGCAAAGUAAUUAAGCGGCGCGGGAGAGUCUAUGUGCUUUGCAGCUCCAAUCCUAAGCACAAGCAGCGGCAAGGCAUGGCGACGUUUGCCCAUGAAGGCCCCUUGUGCGUAUUAUCGUCUUUCCCUCGCUCUUUUUAAAGAUUGAAUUUGCCCUGUCGAAUUCACGAGCAGUCGUUUCAUUUCAAUGCAUACGAUUGUUUUGAUGCUGGAAAUAGCAACACUGAUUGCAUAGCUCUUUCUUGCAUAGGAGUAGGAGAGUAGAUGCUAUAUGGAAAUAUAAGCAGUUAUGUUGCUGAUAAGGAACUAGGACGAUGUAGAACUGUUGUUACUAUGUUCUUCAUGUCUUUCAUUUCUGAACAAUGGAGUCGUUAGCGUAGCUUCCGGACCAAGCAAUGCAAAGUUGCAGGCAGAUGAUGUUGAUCCUCCAGCUUAUGGGCACUUCUCUUGAUGUCGGGUUUUUGUUUUACCAAAACUCUGCUGGACUUUAGUAAUGCACUAUCAAGCGACUUUGACUUGGAUCAAAGUUUUCAAAUGUAAGGGAUUAGGUGGUACUUAAACUGAUAUGGAUCGCAGCCCUCACAGAGAAACAUACCGAAAUGAAUAAUUCCAUGCUCUGAAUGCCUUGCCCUGUCCUUUUGGGCACUAUCUGAAGUGUUUGACACAACACAACGGCACUUGAUGUUAAUCACAUACAUAGACAUCAUCUACCAAGUGAUUCUCAUUAACACCAUCUUUGACCACCUUCUUGCCAGGUCUGCAGGGUCUAGUGCAACGAAAGAGAUCCCCUCUAAUCUUGGCCUGCCGUCUCUCAUAUCUAAAAAGCACGAGCCAACAAUGAAGUCCGUUGCAUUUGGAUGGAGUGGGAGCCUUGCAUCUCUCCUCUUCAGGCAAGCGAAAUAAGAUACCGAAACAGUCGUUCUAAUGGAAGCGCAUUGCCCACUAUUACUGUCAAUACUUAAAAGCCUCCUUUACCUCUUCACCCUGCUGAGACAUUGAUUCAGUCUGAAAUCUGGGGAGUUCUUUAUGCUGUUUAUCCUGCCACAGCCCUUUCUUCUGUGCAACAGUCUUAUGAGAGGGAGAUAAGAAAGACGGAGAAGUGAAACUCUACUUUCUACUUCGUAUGCUCAUGCUUAUGAGAUUUAGUCAAUGGCUGAGGUGUUGUGUGAAUCAAGAGAAUGUGAUGAUGUUAGACAUGUAGCCAUACUUUCACAGUCAUCCUGCAUAAUGGAUUCGUUAUCAUAUUCAAGCAAUGAAGCAGGUGAAAUGAUAAGAUUGUUAUAUGAUCAGUUUUAGCUGGAAUUGAAUCUGCAGAAUCCUAGUUGCACAUGAUCUGAACGACGGCUGACUGCUGCAGGCUUGGCGAUAACUGAUGUGGGCUCGGCUAGUUUGAACCGUGUUUGAAUCAUUGGUCAACAGGUGGAAUCAAUGGAAAGGAUUUUGAUCCUUUAGAAAUUUGCCACGCCAUGGCUUCUGAAAUCGAAAGUAAGUUGUAACUGUGUGGAAUGCGAAAUUUGAAUGAUUGGUUGAAUUAGUAUUGAGAACACAGCAAAGAAGAUAAGGUGAGGUGAGGAGGGUCCCUCAAUUCACAGCCGAAAUUAAUUGUCAUGCAUAAUUGAGGCCCCAAAACCUAAUGCUUAUUCAUGAAUUUGGCAUAGUGGUUCUGCUCUGUUAUCAUCCAUUUUUUUUCUCGACUCCAUGUAUGAAUGAUUAUGGGGCAGAUCGUAGCGGGUAUAGUAUGAUAGGACUGGGUUCAGUUCGAAUAAUUUAUUAAGGAACGUGGGGUCGAGACAGGUCGUCCCAUAUAAUAUGAGUAUGCACAUUAGAAAUAUUGAUUUUCAAGAAACAAACUAUAAUAUGAUCAAAGUAGUUAAAUUAUUCAAGAAAUAUAGACACUCACAUAUUACAAUUUUAUUAUAGCUAAAACAUGAGAUAAUUUGAGUAAAACUACAUGUAAUUUUUGUAAAAAAAAGGUGUAGAAUGGGCAGGUCAGAUAAGGAGAGCACUCAUGUCCGCCCUACCCUGCCUACGGGGUGGGUAUUACUCGCUCCAAAACAGGUCAAACAAGUUUGGUUAAACGUGCCAGAUCGAAAUUGUCGUAUAUAUCUAUAAACAUUUCUUCCUACAAUCCCUGGUAUUUGGUAUGGUCGAUGAUUGACUGAUGUGGUGGUUGGGUUCUAGAGGCCACCUAGAUCCAUUCUCCGAGUAACUUCAAUCGCCUCGAGUAUCAAUAGGUUGUCGACCUGGUAUGUGGUAUUUCAAAGUGUUUGGUCAGAAGGUCAUUAGUUGGUUACAUGAGUUGGUUACCAUACCUAGUAGCUCACAAUAUUCGCGCUUGACUGAUGUACAAUGUACGAUAAGUCAUACACAAUCUUCAAGCUCACUAGACUCUCUUAUUUGAUGAUAUAUAAGCAAAUAAUAUAAAGAUUUGAUUUUA